AUGAAACUACAAAGAGCAGUUAUAGCGUCCAUUUUUGCUCUGUUAUCUGGCGUUGUCAUUGCAAAGAAUGUUUUCAACCCACAGUUUACUAAUGAACAGUUGCAGCAGGCCCAACUUGAGCUGGAGGAUAAGGAGUUCCACUUUGGGAAAAGGGAGGCCAAGAACGUUAUCGAUUUGAAUGCAAUAGUUACCAAGGGACAAGAUUUUGAGAAAAGAGAAUCCAAGAAUGUAUUUUUGGCCAGCUUGAUUGUCGACGAGAGGAGCUUGUUUAAGAGAGAUGCAAAGAAUGUUUUCGAUUUUGAUUUAGUCAUUAAUGAUGCUAACUUGGGUAAAAGAGACGGCAAGAAUGUAUUUGAUAUCAACAUGGUCCUCGACGAUGACAAGCCUUUUGAGAAGAGAGAUGCGUUUGCGAAAAAUGUUGUCAAUGUUCAUCUGAUUAUUGACGAUGAGUCUUCGUUGGUGAAAAGGGGAAUUGAAAACGUCAUCAAUAUAGACCUUGCAUUACCGGAAUAUAACGAGUACCUCAAGAUGCUCAAGGAUACAGCGAAUGUUGGGUUCAUCAUUGGUAGCGACGAGUAUGUCUCUGGAAAAGUUGAAAAGGUUGAUAAUACUUUGAACAUCAGUCUAAAGCAUGACCCAAAGGGUUGCCAUGGAAAAAAGAAGAAGUUGAAUUUGGAAUCCCUCUCUGAAGUAAUUGACACUUUCAAAGAUAAGAUGUUUGAUCCGACUUUGGAGGCGAAGGACAAGUUUGUGAUUCCAGAAGGCAUGGAAGAUGAUUCAGAAAACUUAAGAAACACGGUUUUGGAACCGGUCGGUGGCGACAUUGCCACUGCAUUGGUGACCAAGUCGGAGUUGGGUCUAUUUGCAAAGUACUUGAGAGAUUCUCCAUCUCUUUAUCGGAAGUGUGAAACAGUUACAACCGAAGGUGAAGCCACCCCCAAGCCAAACGCAAGAGUAAUCAUCUUUGCCCCAAGCAACGAUGCCAUCACGCAACUACCGAAGAAGCCAUGGCAAUUUCCCGAAGAUAUUGCAAAUGCAAAAUCGGAAGAUGAACAGGAUACCAUGAUCGAACGUAAUAUUGCCGAUUUUGUUGAGUCGCAUUUUGUCGAAACAGAGGAUGCCAUGCCUUCAUUAGAUAGCAAGUCAGCCGCAUUCAAAACAUUCAAUAACAAGGAGAUUGUGCUCCGUAAUGUUGAUGGUGAUUUCAAAGUGAAGAUGAAGGACUCAGAGAUUUGGGUAAACGUUGUUGAUGUUGAGAUUCUAUCGAAUGGUGCUCUACUUACAAUCGAUCACACUUUAGUUUGA